GACGCAGGUCACGGAUCGUUAGCAACUGGCCCCGGAAGCAAAAACAGAGGGCGGAGAAAAAGGCGGAAGAGCGGGUCUGCGUCCGGGUCGCCGGCAGGGGGCGGGGCCGGGCAUGGUAACGGCUCGGAAGCCGCGGGGGCUGGGCCGGAGGGAGGCGGGGGGAGCCGGUGUCCGCCGCCGCCGUUGUCGCCGCCUCCGCUGACGCUGCUCCAGCCCGUUCCGUGUGGCCGCCGCGGGCCUCGCCUCAGCCAUGAUGAUCCACGGCUUCCAGAGCAGCCACCAGGACUUCUCCUUCGGUCCCUGGAAGCUGACGGCAUCCAAGACCCACAUCAUGAAGUCAGCGGAUGUGGAGAAGUUAGCCGAUGAAUUGCAUAUGCCAUCUCUCCCUGAAAUGAUGUUUGGAGACAAUGUUUUAAGAAUCCAGCAUGGCUCUGGCUUUGGGAUUGAGUUCAAUGCUACAGAUGCGUUAAGAUGUGUAAACAACUAUCAAGGAAUGCUUAAAGUAGCCUGCGCUGAAGAAUGGCAGGAAAGCAGGACGGAGGGUGAACACUCCAAAGAGGUUAUUAAACCAUAUGAUUGGACCUAUACAACAGAUUAUAAGGGAACAUUACUUGGAGAAUCUCUUAAGUUAAAGGUUGUACCUACAACAGAUCAUAUAGACACAGAGAAAUUGAAAGCCAGAGAACAGAUUAAGUUUUUUGAAGAAGUUCUUCUGUUUGAGGAUGAACUUCACGAUCAUGGAGUUUCAAGCCUGAGUGUGAAAGUUAGAGUAAUGCCUUCUAGUUUUUUCCUGCUAUUGCGGUUUUUCUUGAGAGUUGAUGGGGUACUUAUCAGAAUGAAUGACACAAGACUUUACCAUGAGGCUGAUAAGACCUACAUGUUACGAGAAUAUACAUCACGAGAGAGCAAAAUUGCUAACUUAAUGCAUGUUCCACCUUCUCUGUUCACGGAACCUAAUGAAAUAUCCCAGUAUUUACCAAUAAAGCAAGCAGUUUGUGAGAAGCUAAUAUUUCCAGAAAAAAUUAAUCCUAACCCAGAAGGCUCACAAGAAAGUACACCCGCAAAAUAGAAUGUGAUACAACAUAUACUUACUGUGGAACUGACUGGACACCUUGGCUAUUUGUAGGGGGGUAUUUUUUUGAGAAUUAAUUGCCUUGUUUACAAGCAGAUUUUCUGUAGCCUUAAAGGAAAAAACAAUAAUAAAGGUUUGUCACAGGCAGGUUCCACUUAA